AAACAUUACCCACCCUCUCUCUCCUUCUUCUUCUUCUUCUUGACACUCUCGCCUCACUGCCGAUUCAUACAAACAAAAGUGAUCUCUCUCCUGGAAUUGCUUUUUCCACCUUGUCGUCCAGUCAGAUCCUCCACCAUCCUCCUGCAGCACUAAGUCCGGAGCUCACACGAAACGCCUGAUUAGGACCCUCGUCCCCCGUCCCCCCGUCCCCCCGUCCCCUGAUUCCCACGAGCACGAAAGUUCCCACUGUAUCCACUUCUCACUCCCACUCCCCUGCCUGGUCCCACCACUCUCCAGGGCUCCCGGCUCGCUCAACUCUCGCGACGCGGCCGGCCUGGGCUACUACAGUAGUAGCUCCCGACUCAAAUACAAUCCGUACCCCCACCGUACCCUGACCUUGCUCUUCCUCCUCCCCCUUCACCUCCUACCUACACCUCUUGCUUCCCUUCAACUUCUUCUGCAACAGAGUGAGAGCGCCGACCUCGAAUCGCGCAUUAUCUUCAUCACACGCUCCUUGCACCAAGAAAAAAAAAACCGUAGUUCUUUAAUGAAUUGCGUUUUCGCUCAGCUACAAACUCCAGGAACUUAAUAUCUGCCGAUCUCACCCGAAACAAACAAGUAGCUUCUACGCAAAAGUCGUCAACAUGGCGGUGGCCGAAUACAACAGCACCCUCAUGACGGGAGGUGACUCCCUGACUGAGGAUCUCAACAUUUACUAUGAGUCUGGUGAUAUUGCCUGGAUAAUUACAUCCACCGCACUCGUCCUUCUCAUGAUUCCAGGUGUCGGAUUCUUCUACUCCGGACUCGCGCGCAGAAAGUCCGCUCUGUCCCUGAUAUGGCUCUCGGUAAUGGCCACGGCCGUGGUCUCCUUCCAAUGGUUCUUCUGGGGUUACUCGCUCGCCUUCUCCCACACCGCUGGCAAGUACAUCGGUAAUUUGGAGAACAUUGGCUUCCGCAAUGUGCUCGGUGCUCCCUCUGUUGGUUCGCCCAAGAUCCCAGAUCUGUUGUUCGCUGUGUACCAGGGGAUGUUUGCUGCUAUUACUGUUGCUCUUGCUGUUGGUGCUGUGGCCGAAAGAGGUCGCAUGCUUCCUACUAUUGUCUUCAUGUUCGUCUGGACUACCAUAAUUUACGACCCAAUCGCCUGCUGGACAUGGAACGCAUCAGGCUGGUCAUUGAAGAUGGGCGGUCUCGAUUUCGCCGGAGGAACCCCCGUGCAUAUCUCUUCCGGAUGCGCCGCCCUCGCAUACUCCAUUAUGCUGGGCAAGCGUCGUGGCCACGGUACUCACGAGCUGAACUACCGCCCUCACAACGUAACACACAUUGUCAUCGGCACCGUCUUCCUGUGGGUUGGCUGGUUCGGAUUCAAUGCUGGUUCCGCUCUCGCCGCCAACCUCCGUGCUGUCAUGGCUGCAGUGGUUACCAACUUGGCUGCUUGUGUCGGUGGUAUCACAUGGUGUGUUCUGGAUUACCGUCUUGAGCGCAAGUGGUCCACUGUUGGAUUCUGCUCUGGUGUUAUUGCUGGUCUCGUUGCCAUUACUCCUGGUUCUGGUUACGUUCCUGCUUGGGCUGCCGUUGUCUACGGUGUUGUUGGUGCUGCAGGUGCUAACUACGCCACCAAGCUCAAGUUCGUCCUCGGCAUCGACGACGCCCUCGACAUCUUCGCCGAGCACGCCGUCGGCGGCUUCAUCGGCAACAUCCUAACCGCCUUCUUCGCCGCCGACUACAUAGCGCACCUCGACGGCUUCUCCUCCAUCGACGGCGGCUGGCUCAACAAGAACUGGGUGCAGCUCGGCUACCAGAUCGCGGACUCCGUGUCCGGCGCAGCCUACUCCUUCUUCGGGACCUGCAUCAUCCUCUUCGUGAUGAACCUGAUCCCGGGCUUGUCCCUGCGCGCGUCAGAGGAGGCCGAGAUCCUCGGUAUCGACGAUGCGGAGAUUGGAGAGUUUGCGUACGAUUAUGUUGAGUUGACGAGGGAGGUGCUGAAUGAUGUGGAUGAUGCGGCGAGCAAGUACUCCGCUGGCCAUUCGCAUGACCAUGAGAAGGCGCUUGGCCAUUCGUCGUCGGAUAAUAACCGCGAUAGCAUCACCCACGUCUAAACACACACCAGUUUCCGAUUUUCGAUUUCCAGCAUUUGAGCCUCCUCGAUCUCACAUAUCUACAUCGUCCGAUCUCGGAGUAGUUCAGGCUACGAAAUCAGGAUUUGAAAUCUAGCUGUUUGGCUUUGCUGGCUAGCUAAAGGGCGCAAUUCUGUUUUUUAUUUAAAUAGUAUGGAUGGAGUACUUACGUACGAUAUUAGACCAAUUGCUUGUUUGCUUACCAGCUGCAAAUGUCCUUGCAUUCAUUUCCAUCUAUUUGUCGAAUCUAAAUACCACGUACGCCUUUUUAGUUUUCUUUUAUUUCUUGAUGUUUUGCUGUUUUAAUGUAUAUAGACCGAGACCGAUUUUCAAAGCUAUUUAAAAUGGUCGGUGGAGAAGGGAAGGGAGGGAAGGGAAGGGAAGAAGUGGAGGCGCAGGCGGUUUGAUACCAAAAGUCUCUCGCUUUUUGAGGUGUAGGGGAACGAGUUAGUGUGAGCUUGAGCGUGGGUGUGGAUGAAUGGAGGAUAGGAGGGUAGGAGGGUAGGAGGGAGGAGAUAGGUUGUGUUGUAAUGGAAUGGGACUAAGGUAAGAGGAUAGAAAUGAAAAUCAUAAAAACUAUCUUCUCCUUCUGGUGGUGUGCCGAUAUGAUUUAGCACCCCUUUCAAUGCACUUACCUCACCCACCCACCCAGCUAGCUAGCUAGCUACCUCUUCCCUCAUGUCCCUUUCCUGUCCCUUUUCCUUUGCUUUCCCUUUCCUUUUCCCUCCAACCUAUCUUUCCUACCCUCCACUAAUUCCUCCAAAUCCAUCCAUAUCCAUAUCUAUCCAGUACCCGACCCAUUCACUCAUCC